UCACCCGCUACCAACAAAUUAAGACAAAAAUGAGCAUGAACUAACGCCGCACCGGCAACACGGAGGGAGUGUACUUACGAUCGCGAGUUGGAGUUGGAGUUGGAGUUGGAGUUUCUCAUUACCCCGGCACUUGAAGUGCCAUACCAGAGCUGUCUUACUGAAAGAGCAGGCAGCUGCCUUUUAUUGGAUGGCUCACCCCGCCCUGCAAUCAAUCUAAUGUGAGCCACCUGGCUCUGUACUGGCAUGGGAUCAGACAAGAUCUGUCCAUCCCAUCACAAAUACAUACAUUUUUAUAGUUCACACAAACUGUUUUUGUUCAUAUACAUAAUUAUGUCAACAUUUGUCUAAAGAAACAGAUAAAAAAACUGUAAUUAAUAUAAGACAGACGAAUAGUUAUGUGAAUAGAACAGUUUGUUCUCUCUGUUGUCUCAGCUUUUUUAAUCAUCUAAAAGAAAGAAACCCCUUCAGGAACAUUUGUUUCCUUUCCGCUCCAGUGUUGGGUAUUACCUCUCUCUGCCUUGGACUCGCUCUGCCUUUGCAGGUAGGAAUCCCAAACAUGACGACAGAAGCUGAUGCUGCAGCAGUCUCCACUGUGGUGCUGAAGCUUUGAUUCAGUAGUGUCCUUGAUGUGUCAGAAAAUUACAAAAACUGCAGCAGAAGCAAAUCAUCUGGCUACCCAUCUGUUUUCAGGGCCACUUGGAUCAGAAGGUGUCUUAUUUCAUAAACCCAAACAGUUUUCCAUGAUUUGAGUUGUGUUUGCAGCCCCUCCCUUCCUCAGCUGCGACAUGUGCUGUGUUACGAGCAGCAACCACACAAAGCAGCAGCAUCACAUUACCGGCUGACCCUCUCCUAACGGAGCACAUACACAUUUACAGAAACAAAAACAGGACAUUUUUCUAGACCCCCAGCAAAGAGACACAAAUGCCUUCAGAAGAACAGACUGUACAGAUGACUUUGUAGUUAUUAUUGACUGAACUGGAUGCUCUCAUCCUGCAUGAACUCUAAUUCAUGCUCUUGAUGCAGUUCUGCAGUUACAUUAUGCUACGAUUGCUGCGUUAAUACAAAGUUAAUAAUAGGUCCAUUUGCCUCAGGGUGACAUUUGGUCAGAGUAUAAUCACAUCUUGCCUCUUGCUGGUAAUGGAGAACACGGCAGUUCAAACUGAAGGCAUGUGGAUGCGUUCCGUCUGUGUGGAUGGUAAUGGACCUAUCAGCAGGUCUAAUACCUGCAGACUCAAGAGGUUCAGGUAUUCAUUCUGUGAAUUUUUAUCAUCUGACUCAAAAAUCCUUUCAUCAUUACAGCUGACAGCCGCUUGCUUUACUCAUGUUAGCCCUCGAUUUAUCACACAAUGCCUGAGAGCGUUGGUGUGUGUGUGUGUGUGUGCGUGUGUGUGUGUGCUGUAUAAACAACUGUCACACAGGCAGGAAACAUGAUAAAUUGCUUAAGGGGAAUGCUUGUUUAGGUUGUAGUUUGUGACUGAGGAUUAGACCAACUGUUGACACGCUCGCAUGCACACUUGAGUGAGGAUCAUUAUUCUGUAGCUAAUAUCAGUGAGAUGGUUGAUUUUGUUUACAUUUUUGUCAUCGGAGGGGAGUUGAACUCAGGACUGGUUGUAACAGAUUCACUGGAAUUGAUGGAGCGAGCAGUCAUGGAGAUCUACAUGCAAUUAAAUCCAAUCUCACAGUGAAAGAAAUGAAAAUAGUGAGUUUUAUUGGUAAAUCAGUACUAGGGAGGCAUUAACUGUUUAAAUGAAAUCAUAUGUCCCUUUGCCUUUCCUGCCAGAGUUGCACCAGACUAUUUAUAAAUGAUUCAAUUAUCAAUUUUGUUUAAAUCUUAAAUAUAAGGUACCUCAUAGUUCCACCUGAGCUCGAGCUCUGUUGUGUUGUGAAAGCUGGUACCAGGUAUAGAGACAUGUAUUCUUGGGAGGUCUGGCGAAUCGUGUGCCUCUCUCAGUUGUCCAUCGAGGACGUGGAAGAUUUGUGGAUAUUCGGCCUGAUGAUCACUGGAUUUCCUCUGAUUGGAGUGGGAGGAUAUCUGGUUUUCUGGUAAUUUGGGAAGACGGGAGCGAUUGGAGUGCGACCCGCACCCAUGGAAUGUGCCGCCCGGGCGGUGACCUCACAGACUGGGACGUUACUCAAGGUGAACCGUAAGCUGGACAAUGUCCUCGCGGCGUUGCCUGUGUUAGUGCGCAAGAUGGAUGUCAUCUCGGAGAGGGUCGCCGGACGGUGUGGGGAUGUUUAGAACACAUAAAUUGGCUUCACUUGUGGACAUGAAUGACCACUUAAUAGACUCCAAGGCAGAGGGGAAAAUUAUCUCUGUCUGCCCUAAACAAAGUCUUGCUUAUCCUUAUCUGACGCCAAGCAGCCUCCAAGGCUGCCUUCAACUCACCCCCACGAAAGGAGGAAUGCUGACAGAUGCUGUGUCCCGACCUUCCCCCCCUGCCUUCAGAUUGUGACUUCGGCUUUGAGGUCAUCGACCUGCAGGAACUCAAUGCACUCUCUGUUCCUCAUUUCUCCCUCCCACCUGUCGACUGCAGCUGGUGAAGCGCCGUAAUGGCAGCUCCCGUUGGAGGAUUCAGGAUCCCGCCCAACCCCGCCUCCCCAUCGGACUCUGAUGUUGUGUAUCUGUGAUGUUCGUGCUUCUAUGUUGAGGAGUUUUUUUUGCAUAAUAGAGUUACUCCUCACUGGGUCUAACUCUGCUAUGCCUUUUUUUUACCUUACCCCAAUUAUCCUCAUGUAACACCCUUUUCAUCUAAUGAAAUGAGCGCCGUUAUGGCUGCUCUCGCGACUGCCUGUACCUGUUUUUGUCUACAUGUGUGUGUGUUUAACCUUGGUCAGGUUGUGUUCGCGGAGUCAAGUUCCUAUGCUCUGGGUCGCUGGAGCGCUGGCAAUAAAGCUGAUUCUGAUUCUGAUUCUGAUGUAUGUGUGUUAUUAAUGUUACCAAUGAACUGGGUUGACCUCGAAGGUCAGUCAGGUGUAAAUGUCCAUCCCAGUGAAGGCUCUCCUGGAGUUUUGUUAAAAUGGAUUCAGUGGUUCAUGAUAUAAUUUACUAACACACAUAUAUGCACAAACUCACUCAUCAUCAUCAUCAUCAUCAUCAUCAUCAUCGUCACCACCACCACCAUCAUUAUCACCACCAUCAUCACUGUAGCACAGUAGGUAGAGCGGGUUGUCCAGUAAUUUGAAGGUUGUAGGUUUGAUCCUGGCUACCGGUAGAGAACACCGCUGUUGUGUCCUUGGGCAAGACACUUAACCCGCGUUGCCUGCUGGUGGUGGUCGGAGGGACCGGUGGCGCCUGUGUUUGGCAGUCUCACUCCAGGUCAGUACACCCCCAGGGCAGCUGUGGCUACACUGUAGCUCAUCAUCACCAGUGUGUAAAUGUGUGUGUGAAUGACUGACUGUGUUGUGAAGGGCCUUGGGGGGUUGUAGAACCCUAAGAAGGCGCUAUACAAACACAGGCCAUUUACCAUCACCAUCAUCAUCACUCUCCUUUUGCACUAAGUGUUAAAUGAACCCCUUUGAUGUGAGCUGAUCAGAAACCCACUGAUGGUGAAUCUGUAAACCGGUUAAAGGAAAAUAAAAGAUUAAUCUAUUUGUCCCCUUGAGACCAAUGAAUAAUCACUCAGAACUGGAUCUCUUAGUGGAACCACCAUCUCCGUUCCUGCUGGUUUCCUUUGUGUGAGUCGGGUAUGCAUAUGUAGUCAGAAAAACACAAUCUUUAGAUUUUUUGCUGGCAGAUCUGCCGAUAGGGGCAGUAGGAAAUAAGACGUGGUGAUUGAGAAAGGACCUGACAAUCAGGUCUCAUUCUUUCCCCUCCCUCCCUCCCUCAUUCAUUCUUCAGUCUCUUUUCCCUCCUUCUUUCACUCUGCCUUUUGCCUUUUUUCUGGCUGGUUGUGGUCACUGGGCUCCUGCCUGAAAGCAGGUGUUUUCCUGCCUGUCAGCAGGGGGGAUGUGGAAGAGAAAGCUGAUCAACAGGACUAUAGGCUCCCGCAGGAACAGCUCGCUUCUAGCUGAAAAGACAGAAGUUCUGAGUGACGAUCUGCUGCAGGUUGAGAAACGCUUGGAACUGGUCAAGCAAGUAUCCCACAGCGCACACAAGAAGCUGACAGCCUGUCUGCAGGGCCAGCAGGGUGUGGAUGUGGACAAGAAGUCCGUCAGGUCACCCUCGAAAAAGCUUCCUCUUACAACACUCGCACAAUGUCUGGUGGAGGGGGCCGUCGUUCUCGGCGACGAGACUCUUCUGGGCAAGAUGCUGAAGCUAUGUGGAGAGACGCAGGACAAACUGGCUCAGGAGCUGAUCUUGUUUGAGCUCACGACAGAGAAGGAUGUGAUUGAACCUUUGUCUGACCUGGCAGAGGUGGAAAUCCCAAAUAUCCAGAAACAAAGGAAACAUUUAGCAAAACUGGUCCUGGACAUGGACUCUGCACGCACAAGAUUUUACCAGUCCUCUAAAUCCUCGGGAAUGUCGAGUACCCUGCAGCCAACCGGAGCCAAGGCCGACCACCUCAGGGAGGAGAUGGAGGAGGCAGCCAACCGCAUGGAGAUCUGUCGGGAUCAAUUAUCAGCUGACAUGUACAGUUUUGUGGCCAAAGAAAUCGACUAUGCAAGCUACUUCCAGACACUAAUAGAGGCCCAGGCGGAGUACCACAGGAAGUCACUAGAGCUGCUUCAGAGUGUUUUACCUCUGAUCAAAGCUCAUCAGGAGAGCUGGGUGGAGAAACCCUGUUACGGGAAACCAUUAGAGGAGCACUUAGCGCUUAGUGAGAGAGAUAUAGCCUUCCCCAUCGAGGCCUGUGUCACCAUGCUGCUGGAGUGUGGCAUGCAGGAGGAGGGUUUGUUCAGAAUCGCUCCUUCGGCCUCCAAACUGAAGAAGCUGAAGGCGUCUUUGGACUGCGGGGUGUUGGAUGUUCAAGAGUUUUCUGUAGACCCACACGCCAUCGCAGGUGCUUUAAAGUCGUAUCUGCGUGAGUUACCUGAGCCAUUAAUGACCUUUGAACUCUACAACAACUGGAUUCAAGCCUCCAACCUCCAGGAUCAGGAGAAGAGACUUCAGGCACUGAUGGGAGCCUGUGAGAAGUUACCUCCAGCCAACAACAAAAACUUUAAGUAUUUGAUUAAGUUCUUGUCCAAACUGACUGAAUACCAGGACGUGAACAAGAUGACUCCAGGAAACAUCGCCAUCGUCCUCGGACCCAACCUGUUGUGGACUCACAACGAGGGGAACAUCACAGAGAUGAUGACCACAGUUUCCCUGCAGAUUGUUGGCAUCAUCGAGCCCAUCAUCCAGCACGCUGACUGGUUCUUCCCAGGAGAAAUUGAGUUCAACAUCACGGGAAACUAUGGCAGCCCUGUCCACACCAACCACAAUGCCAACUACAGCUCCAUGCCUUCUCCAGAUAUGGAUCACUUGGAUCGAAGGCAGAACGACCAGAGCCGGCGGCCCCUGAGCGUCGCCACAGACAACAUGAUGCUAGAGUUCUACAAAAAAGAUGGCAUAAGGAAGAUACAAAGCUCAGAUGAUACAUCCUCCAAUUGGUCGGACUCCUGUUACGUCUACCCCUCCCCAGAGGAGGAGAGGCCGCCCCCUCCUUACCCCUCUUCCUCUUCCUCCUCUUCCUCCUCUUCUUGUUCUUCCAACUCGUUCCCUCACCACCACUUUUACACCCGAGCACUUCAGAGUAUGCGCCCCGUUGCUCCCACUCCUGAAUCCGUGCCCCCUGGGCCAUCUCCCCCACCCCGCCUAUCUGGCUGCAGCCCUCCCCCAUUUCCUCACUCCCCCUGCCCGUCCCCCUACCUGUUUGAUGUCAACUCCAACCCCAAACCCAACUGCCUGUACCUGCCCAAACGAGCCUCCCUGCCCGAUGCCACGCAUGUGACCCAGUCCGAUUCAAAUGGCACCAAUCUUUACAUCAAACCCCCACUUGUUCUCACCCGUCAUGAUCUGUUCCUUGGCUCUGCCAAGCCUCCCAACGCCCCCCUUUCUGCUCCCCCUCCAUGGGCCGCCUGUGCCUGUAACCAUGAGAGAGGAGCCAAGAUGAAGAGCACUCUGAAGAACAAAGAGCUGUCUCCAGUGAUCGGACAGAAGGGACUCCAAGCAUCCAUGACAUCUAGUGGACCACCACAGCACUCUGAGCACAGUCCACACAGCCUGAGGAGAGCAAAGAAACUGGCCCCAAUCCCACCUAAAGGCCCGUAUUGCCAGACUGGAGCCAUGUCGGACCAAUCGACAGGUCAGCCGUCUCCAGUCAGCUUGUCGCCCACCCCUCCCAGCACCCCCUCCCCUUAUGGCUUCAGCUACCCACAGGGUUACGCCACCAUUGGCUCCCCGAGUCAGAUCCAGACAGCAACCACCCCCUCUCUGUCCUCUCCGCCCUCGCUGGCCGGCACUCUCACCAAACCCAGGCCAACCCCCAAACCGCCUCGGCAGAGGCCCAGCUUGCCUCCUCCACCUCAGCCCCCCAGCACACCCGGCACCAGUCCGCAGCCCUUGGAGGUCUCAUCGAGUCUCCUGGAUGGUUUGCCUCCUGGGGAGAGCAUGUCCACAGCGGUAUGAGGCGAGAGGGACUUUGGGAUCUGCCAGAUUCCCUUUGCAACUUGAACAUCCCCAUCAUCAACGUGGAACUGGAUGGUGUUUGGGACUUGACAAACAUCUCCCACUUCAGGAACUCGGUGGCUCAGUUUGAGUCGAACAACAGUGGAGUGGACUCUGAUGAUGAUUCUGAGAGCACAGUUCUAUGACACCUGUUUAAACAACUCUUCUGCAUCGCUACGGCCCCUCUGGAUCUCCUCAUCACAUCUCAGCUGUCUCCGAUCCAGAGGGGCCGACCAAUAAAACAAGCGCCUAACAAGAAAAUAUGAUGAUCAGACAAACAUGGGGUGACUUUUCAUUACAUUUACAUCAGCUAGGAUAUUUAAUUUUUAAUGUUUCUUUUUAUUUUUUGCCUUAUGUGAUUCACAUGCAAUAUUGCCUUUAAUGUCAAACACGGGACUGGAAACAGGCUGCCAGGGAGAAUAAGAGUUCUUGCUGCUGAGUCCGAAUGAUCUUUAGAAGAACCAACACAGAAACUGUACGUCUGUUCUAUCUAAUUAAUUUCUCACAGCUUUACUCCCAUCAUGAGUUCCUCCUUCACUCGUCAGGGGUGUCUGUUCGAAACGCCUCGCUCUGGUGUGUGGUGGCCCCCAAUUUUCUGUCCAGCCUGAGCGUUCACUGUGAGUGUGCCAGUAUGUCUUUUAUGGGAAGUGUGUGUGUGUGUGUGUGUGUGUGUGUGUGUGUGUGUGUGUGUGUGUGUGUGUGUGUGUGUGUGUGUGUUUUGCUAGUGUGUGGUGUGAUAAUUAAUGUGAUAAUUGUACUAAAUGAUGUUGCACUGUUGAUGUUGUGGAGCAAAAAACCAGGAUUGCUUUGUUUUAGACGUGUAGGAUAUUAGCUUAGAGGUGAUAGUGGUUAAAGGGAUAUUUCUGGGCUGUUUUGAGGCAUGUCUUGGUAAAUGUUAGUAAUAAUUUCUAUCCUACCUGUCUUAAAUAGCUUCCUGAACGGCCUUUUUUCAGAGAAAUAGAGUUUGUCAUUCUGUGCUCAAGAGCUAAUGGCUUGCUCCAGUCUGCAGUGUGUGUUGAUGUAAUGUAAACCUUUUAAACAGCCAUGAGUUUCACAUUGCAGUUACUUCUAUGGUCAUCACAAGGAGUUUACUAAUCUGUCAGCUGAAAUAACCUUGUAAUGGUAAAUUAAUGAGAACGAGAAUAUCACGUGAACUGCCUUGAAACUUAAGGAGACUGGGCUUGUGUAAAGCAACACUAGCGAGUUUUAACACUUUGCUUUCAAACUUGUUCUGGCUUUGUUGCUACUAAUAAUAUACUUUUAUUUAUAUAAUAAUAUGCUUUUAACUUCCGGCUUUAUUUAGUAUCAAUUAGCUUGUGUUAGCAUCAGCUCGUUUUAGCACUAGGUAAAGGGUUGUUUACGACAGUUAUAAUUCUGUUUUCAACCAGUAGGAAAGAGAAAUGGGAAACUUAUUAAAGCUACAACUUGGAGUAAUUUUUAUCCAACAGCAACAUCUAGUGGCCAACAAAUGUAUCGCACCUUAAGAGGAAUACUUCUGUAUUCAUGGCCGAAAGCAACGCCUCUCAUUCAUGAACGUGCACCUCUAACCAGCAAACAGAACUAAAACACUUUGUUUUACAAUUACUAUUUUCAUGUUGUGUUGUUUUUAUGUACACACACAUACAUACAUACAUACAUACAUACAUACAUACAUACACACACACACACACACACACACACACACACACACACACACACACACACACACACACACACACACACACACACAUAUAUAUAUAUAUAUAUAUAUAUAUAUAUAUAUAUAUAUAUAUACAUAUAUAUAUAUAUAUAAACAACAGAACAUGAAGCAGGUCCUCAAACGCUCUCGCACACUCUGUGAUUGACAGCUAUACAUAAGAGGAUGCGUGAUGCUGUUGGCUAACGCUGAACGGUGCUCAAUUCAAAUUGCAUGGGGCUCUACGGGACACGGGGCAGGCAUAGCAAAAAAAGACGUAUUGCCUUCAUUAUAUAACAGUACAUGAUAAGAAUAUCACUUUUAUGCAAUUCUAAAAAAAGCAUACAUAAUUCCUGAAAGGGGAAGAACACCGGGUUGCAGCGCUGUUGCUUUAAGACAGCAGCAGCACACUUUGGUCUUGCUGUUAGCUCAUCCCUCUUGAGGUCUGUAUUCUCUAUUUCACUCAACAGAGGCUGUUCAGGUAGCUUUCUACAACAUUUAUAGCUAUUACGCAGAAAGAUGUUUAAAAAUGGCUGAAAAGUCCCUUUAGAAGACCAAACACACUUUUCUAUAAAACUACAGGUUCUUCUCAAAAAAUAAGCAUAUUGUGAUAAAGUUCAUUAUUGUCUAAUGUACUGAUACACAUUAGACUUUCAUAUAUAUUAGAUUAAUUACACACAACUGAAGUAGUUCAAGCCUUUUAUUGUUUCUAAUAUUGAUGAUUUUGGCAUACAGCUCAUGAAAACCCAAAAUUCCUAUCUCAAAAAAUUAGCAUAUUUCAUCCGACCAAUAAAAGAAAAGUGUUUUUUAUACAAAAAAAGUCAACCUUUAAAUAAUUUUGUUCAGUUAUGCACUCAAUACUUGGUCGGGAAUCCUUUUGCAGAAAUGACUGCUUCAAUGCGGCGUGGCAUGGAGGCAAUCAGCCUGUGGCACUGCUGAGGUGUUAUGGAGGCCCAGGAUGCUUCGAUAGCUGCCUUAAGCUCAUCCAGAGUGUUGGGUCUUGUGUCUCUCAACUUUCUCUUCACAAUAUCCCACAGAUUCUCUACGGGGUUCAGGUCAGGAGAGUUGACAGGCCAAUUGAGCACAGUACUACCAUGGUCAGUAAAUCAUUUACCAGUGGUUUUGGCAUUGUGAGCAGGUGCCAGGUCGUGCUGAAAAAUGAAAUCUUCAUCUCCAUAAAGCUUUUCAGCAGAUGGAAGCAUGAAGUGCUCCAAAAUCUCCUGAUAGCUAGCUGCAUUGACCCUGCCCUUGAUAAAACACAGUGGACCAACACCAGCAGCUGACAUGGCACCCCAGACCAUCACUGACUGUGGGUACUUGACACUGGACUUCAGGCAUUUUGGCAUUUCCCUCUGCCCAGUCUUCCUCCAGACUCUGGCACCUUGAUUUCCGAAUGACAUGCAAAAUUUGCUUUCAUCUGAAAAAAGUACUUUGGACCCCUGAGCAACAGUCCAGUGGUGCUUCUCUGUAGCCCAGGUCAGACGCUUCUGUUGCUGUUUCUGGUUGAAAAGUGACUUGACCUGGGGAAUGUGGCACCUGUAGCCCAUUUCCUGCACACGCCUGCACACAUCUGUACACGGUGGCUCUGGAUGUUUCUACUCCAAACUCAGUCCACUGCUUCCGCAGGUCCCCCAAGGUCUGGAAUCGGUCCUUCUCCACAAUCUUCCUCAGGGUCUGGUCACCUCUUCUUGUUGUGCCGCGUUUUCUGCCACACUUUUUCCUUCCCACAUACUUCCCACUGAGGUGCCUUGAUACGGCACUCUGGGAACAGCCUAUUCGUUCAGAAAUUUCUUUCUGUGCCUUACCCUCUUGCUUGAGGGUGUCAAUGAUGGCCUUCUGGACAGCAAUCAGGUCGGCAGUCUUUCCCAUGAUUGCGGUUUUGAGGCUUUUAAAAACUCCCAGUUUUUAAAAGCCUCAGGAAUCUUUUGCAGGUGUUUAGAGUUAAUUAGUUGAUUCAGAUGAUUAAGUGAAUAGCUUGUUUAGAGAACCUUUUCAUGAUAUGCUAAUUUUUUGAGAUAGGAAUUUUGGGUUUUCAUGAGCUGUAUGCCAAAAUCAUCAAUAUUAGAAAAAAUAAAAGGCUUGAACUACUUCAGUUGUGUGCAAUGAAUCUAAUAUAUAUGAAAGUCUAAUGUUUAUCAGUACAUUACAGACAAUAAUUAACUUUAUCACAAUAUGCAGAUUUUUUUAGAAGGACCUGCACAUUCAGUCAAGAUAUCAGCCACUGGAUAUUUAUUCUUUAUACUGUACUUUUUCCAACUAAAUGAUAAGGUUAGCAAUAUGAAUCAAAGCAGAUGAUAUUUUGUAUCCAGAUGAGAGUUAUUUAGAGAAGACCUCUGUAGUUGAUACCAUCAGGAGAUGAGACAACAGAGUUUAUGGAAAAUACAGCAGGUUGAUAAACUCCAGAUAAAUCAGGAUUAUUUAUCAGAAAGUAAAGCUGAGUGGAAGUUUUUAUUUUCAUUUUUAGAUGAUGUUUCAAGACUAUGAAGUCCACAGAGCAACCUCAUCUUGAAUGAGAUGAGAUACAUAUGAUACAAGCUUAAAGAAAUCCUGGAAAAACAGUCCUGACAUAUCAGCUCUAACAGAUUCUGCCAAGACUUGAUACACCCCAGAAAAAAAUGUGCUUUUUUUUCUCAUAAAUAAACACAUUUUAAUGACCAUGCCAUAACAUUUUCAGCCAUGUCACAGUUUUGUGGAAACUGCUGAUGAUGCAGAUAUUUCUGGUCUAUAUUAGUGAUGCUGAGCCAAGUGCAGCUACAUGUAAACAUUAGAUUAUUUUAAUGAGAGUAUAUAUAUCUAUUUCUGAGUAUGCUGUACUUGGUAUAAUGAAUUGUGAUUGUUUCUUCUGCACUUGGGUUCAGAGAAAGUAUCCAGUAUUUUCAGAAGUCACAGAUUUAGAGGAAACUUGAAGAUCAGCUCAGCUGAACUAACGAGGUUUAAUGGCAGCAGUGUAUCUGCCUUGUGGAGGGUUUCGCAUGGACCUGUCCAAACCUGUGGGACCUUUUUAUUUUUGUCCUGACAACAUCCACUGUGCUGCUCUGACAUCAUCACUAACAGGACUUUUGUAAAUCUUGAAGCCUCUGUACAUAUUUAUUCUGUAUAUAAUGACAGCGAGAAGAAUCAAAUAUAUAUAUAUAUAUAAAUAAAUCCGUAUACAAAUCCUGAAACCUAAAUGAUGACAAACAUACUGUACAUAUUAAAUGUUGGUGGUUGUAGCACAGUUAUUAAACUUUCAGACAAGCAUCUGAUAAACAACAGUAAACUCCACUCUAAAUGUGGUUAGGAAUAUUUUUUUAAAGAAAACAGUUUAUGUGUUGCAGACUUCUUGGCCUCUGAUUUAGCCUCAAUCCUGGUUUUAGCUUUAUAGAAAAUAAUAAUGCUUGUUCACUGCAGCUGAUAGAUGCUUCAUGAAAUUAAUUUUCAAACAUUUACCAGAAGAUUUAGAUAGCUGUUAAUGCCUGAAAAUGUUAGUUUAGAUUAGGUCGGCUGACCUUUUGCUGCUGUGCACGCCGCGGAUGCGAUUCAAAUCGCAGGGUGAACGAGCAUUUGUCCAUGCUGCCCCAAUGCUAUGGAACUCAUUGCCCAUUGGAGUUCGGCAGGCUCCAUCUCUGGCGGUUUUUAAAUCUCGUUUAAAGACCCACUUUUACGCUUUGGCUUUUAGACAGUGACUCGUUUUAGUGUUUUAUUGUAUCAUUGUUUUAAUGUGUUCUUAGUAUUCAUCAUGUUUUAUCUGCUUUUGACUGGGAUUUUUAUCCUCUGUUUUAGUUCUUUCGAAUGGUUGUGUUUUGUUUUAGCCUGUGCAGCACUUUGGGCAGCUCCCAUGCUGCAUUUUAAAUGUGCUAUAUAAAUAAACUAUGCUAUGCUAUUAAUGCAUUUUUAAAAACAUGUAACUUUAGUUACUGAGUGUAUGACCCAGCAGAUUUUUUUAGGUUAAAGUAGAAUCUGCAUGAAAACGCAGUCUAGUUUUCUGUUGGGUGAGGGAUUGUUUAUCUCAGUUUCUUGACAUGCCAGGGACUUAACCCUCUGGAGGCAGGCGUUGCAGAUUUGUAACGUUAAAACCUACCUACCUGGUUACUCCACAUAUGUAUUUCAUGAGCAUUUUUUAUCUCAGAAGUACCCCUGAAGGACUCAGUUGUUCGUCCUUUUACCAAAACUUAAUCUGAGCCUGAGAGGGUUAAACAUCUGGCUGCUUGUGCGCCUGAUGUUAGAUAUUUGAUUGAAGGUGAAUGCGCAACUUAGGAACUUUAAAUAUAAUACAACAGAAGAAAAUAAUCAAAACCUACUAAAUAUUUUCUUCAAAAAGGUUUACAUGAGAAAUUGAAAACUGCUCAAUGGCUUAAGGCUGUGUUAAAGUUCUUAUUUGGUUUUCUAUCAUAAAAUAAAAAUAGAUUCUCACAAAACUGAAUUAAACAAGUGAUGAGUUGCAUGAAAAGGAUUUAAUCAAUAUUUAUAGCAAAGUUCAUACGACUGACAUUUACUGGAGUCAUUCAGAUCCUUCAGCCAAGUUUGAAUUAUAACAUGAAUUUAUCUUAGGAAGUAAUUCUCCAGUUAGUCCGGGGUGGGGGGUGGAGGUAGUCCCAUCUGGAUCUUUACGUUCUGAACUAAACCGUUUCAGGUUGAGGCUUGUACAUUAAACUAUAGAUCUCAGACAGUUUGUUGCUUUUGUGAGCAUGUCCUCUGAGCACUGAAAGCCUUUUUCUACUCAAACAGGUGGAAUGUAAUGUUGAUGUUCAUCUCAUAGGCUGUGAUGGAGGUGCGUGUGUGUGUGCGUGCGUGCGUGUGUGUGUGUGUGUGUGCGUGCGUGCGUGCGUUACGGACAUAGUUUCCUAUGUUUGAAGCUGGAGGAGCACUUCAUGACCAAUUUUUGGGGGUUUGAAUCAAGGUUGUGUGAAAUGUAGCUGCAUGUUUUUUCACCUCUCCUACAGAAUAUGUCUCAUCAAUGGUUCUAACUAAAUGUGCUUGUGCUCAUUUCUUAUGAGGGAAAAAAAAGAUAUUUGCAAUAGAAAAAAGGUUUAUAGUUGCCCUUUUCAAUCAAACUUCUCUUCAGUUCUGCCAAGAUUUAGCUUGAAUUAUUCCCUGUUUACUGUUAAUUUUUAUCCCACAUGCUCUACUUUUCUAGGUUUGGUAAACAAAAGUCAGACUCAAAACAGAAACCAUCACGGUAUUCCAAGACGUAACACUGUUUAGUGCACAAAAUACUGGACCUUAAUCUACUGGAACUUUGUAAAUGCUGAAAUCAUCCAGUAUAGUGUGUAGAUGACACUGUGGUGCAUGAGGUCAUUGUAGCCAUGUUCAUUUAUUUAUUGUUUAUCUUGUUUUGCGGAGCUUUGAGUUCCAGGUUAUGGGGGCCAAAGUUAAAGGGAAACCAUAUUUGAUAUUCUUUCAGACUUAUUGGUGUCAAACUGUAAUAAUGUUGAUGGAGGAAAAAGGAAAUGCCUUUUCUAGACAGACUUUCUCUUGGUCACCAAGUGAAAAAUGAUGUAAAUAAAAAAAAGAAGAAAUUCCUCAUCCGAAUGUUGAAAGUAUUAAACAUGUUUUUAUAUAA